UGCGGGCGCGUGUCAAUGAAACCCACAUUGUGGAGCAUGUAACAAGAAGUAGUUAAGUGUGUUAAAGUCUAAACUAAAGGAUAACCAUCCUGCGGUUUUAGAGAGCAGCCCCGCCCCCCACAUUUCAUACCGAAAGUAAAACUGUUUCUCCACAAAGAGCUGCGACCUCCCGGCAGGGAGAGGCCGAUUGAAGCUCACUGCUGCCCGGACUCCACACGGCUCUGACGCUCAGUCACUGCAGGAAGCUAAUCAAGUUAUUCGAUGACAGAUGGCUGUGCCUCUGCUCCCCUGAAAAACUUUGAGACAAUGUUUUUAAAUCUGGAUUAAAGCAACAGGGAGUCUGAGAGAGAACGGAGAGGCAGAUGACCGACCAGAAAGGAGUCAGGGAUGGAGGAUCUGCCAGUUACGAAAAGAGAAACUCGUGCAACAGGUGGUCAAAAGGAGGAUUCUCCUUUGUAGGAUGGUCAGAGACAAUCUUGAUAGGAAAGUAGUACAGAGCAGAAAACAGAACCACGCAGCAGACACGCAGAACCAAAGCCAACCCCCCGAGGAACCUGCAGCCCCAGAACGAGCCCGGAGCCCCGAGAGAGUUCAACCCGAGAGCCAAGGGCCGACCGAGAGGCAGCUCGAUUUACUGCUCUGGCAAAAACUCAACUCAAAUGGAGAACCAGGAAGCUUGUGCCAGCCAUUCCCUGGAGUGGAUGCUGAGAGCUUGCCCACACACCUCUGUCCAUUCAGCACCGCAGCAGAGUACAGAUUAGUCAAACACACCUACCAGCAGCUCCAACACAGCGGCUACUACUGGGGAUCAAUGCCCAUGGAGGAGGCACACGCAAUACUCACACGGGCCCCACUUGGUACCUUCCUCAUCAGAGACAGCGGCCAGACGGAUGUUUUCUUUACUCUCAGCUACCAAAGUGACGACGGCCCGACGAGUGUCCGUGUCCAGCUGAACAACCUGCUGUUCAGUCUCUACGGCAGCACCAGGACUUUUGAUUCACUCUUUGCUCUGCUCACUUUUUACACCGGCUCAUCCUGUAAACUGACCUCUCCUUAUCGUAAGCAGCGUCCGGAGCACCUGACGCAGAUGUGCAGGAGGGCUGUGAUAGGCUUAUAUGGAGCAGAACAUUUAAGCACCUUACCGGGACUCAGUCCACAACUUAAAAACUAUGUUCUGUCGUACCCCUGUUGUAUAUAGAUGAUGUUUAUGUUGUAAGGUAAACAAAUAUUCUGUAUUUGUGUUAUUUUCAAUUUGAUAAAUAAGACAAAUACAGCCGAAGCAUUUUAUCUGCAAAUUGUUAAAUGGUUAUUUGCACACAUUUUCAUUUAUGCAUUUUACAAGGUACUAGUAGUUCAUAUUUGUUCAAGUUUUUCCUCAUUUACAUUCCACAAAUCCUGUGUAAAGGGCCGUCCACACAAAGAACAAUAUCUAUUACAAUAACUAUUUAUAUCCUGUAUUAAAAAUCAAACACUGUGCCGCCGUAUAGCUUAGUUGGUAGAGUUGGCCCCCUGUGGAGGACGCAGGUUCAAAGACCAAUUCACUUAUCAACGCGUGUGUGUCUCAAACAUAACUUUAAAUAUAUUAUUUUGUAUUUAACAAGUGCCAGAAGGAAAUUCAAGUACUUGAAUCUGUCAUUUCUGAACAGGAAAAUGAAACUGAAGAUUUUAUGAUUAUGUAGCCUCCUUGGGAUUUUUACAUAAAUAGCUCGUUAUGUAUGCAGGUUAUUUGUGAAUAAGUAGGCCUCAUCUUGUUAACAUAAUGGCAUGCUUUUUUACCUCAAAGAAGAAGUGUGUGUGCUUUUUACAUUACAUUACAUUACAUUGCAUUUAGCUGACGCUUUUAUCCAAAGCGACUUACAAUAAGUGCGUUCGACCAACAAAAUACAAACUUGAAGAAAACAGAAUCAUAUAAGUACAUCAGGUUUCAUAGAGCAAAAACAUUUCAAGUGCUACUCAACUGGCUUUAGAUAAGCCAGUCCUUUAUUAGUAUAUAAGUGCUUUGUUAAUAUUUCUAUCGCUCGAAGUGGAGUGCUUUGCGCUACUGUUAUGAGAAUGUUAUCGUUGAUCAGUGCAAAUGCUCGCAUCGUUGUUUUAUAGUUGUAGUUGUGGUUGUUGUUGUGGCUGGCCUAAACUGCUUCAAUGAUACACCAGUUGUAACAUCCAUAAAAUUGUACAAGUGCUUCUGUUUAAAGCUACAUUAAUUGAUGUUUGGUCACUAGGGGGCAAAAAACAUCAAUAGAAGCCAACAUGUUACCAUCGUAAUAUGUUAUGGCUGAACAAUUAGCAAACCGUUAUUUGCUAACAGCCUCCUGAGGACUAAGAUGUUAACAACUUCUCUUUUUCAGCUUGAUUUGAACAGAAGCCACGAGCUGCCAUGAUUGCAAUUAUCCUUUUUAAUCCUGUUAUCUCGCAGUUGUGAGUCAAUUAUCUCGUUAUGUCAGGACAAAGGAGUAUUUUUCUUUUCAUAAUGUGUUAAUUAUCUCAUUAUUUUAGGAAAAUAACAAGUAGGUUUCUCUCGAUAAUUGGACACAUACUUAACUUUUAUCAAGAAGGAAUAGAGUUUUUUUGGAAGUUAUGGAUGAAUCACAAAAUUAAAGUAUAUAAUGUAGCCUACAUAUCUUCUAAUCGGGCUAAUUUGCACGUUUAAUAUAGUAGACAGUAAACAAUAUCAGCUGGUUUACGUCUUCUGAAUAUCAUUUAUAUGUUAUUACAGGCAACUUUUUGAUCCCAUUUAGUAUCCAGCAACUCCUAAAUAGUAUCUGUGUUUUUGCUAACUUUUUACUAGCUAGUGAGUUACUGGCUUCUAAGUUGGUGUUAAUGAGAGCACCAGAGACUCAAUAAGAAAGUAAGUAAAACAGAAACAAUCUGCUAUAAGAGGCUGGAAGGUUCAACUGUGCAGGGUUGGUGAAUAUAAUCUGUGCUUUCGUGAAUAAGAGUAACUCCUUUCACAUUAUAGUAGCCAUUUAAUUUAGGUAAAACGUAGGUAACGGUAUUGAUUAAUGCACUUUCAAAGUCUCAACUCUAACCGUCUAUUCAAACGCUCUUGAAAUAAUUUGACAUCCCUACUUAGUAUUUUCAGUGGAACAACAAAAAUGGUGUGUGACGCUUUGUAAAAUGUUUUUUGUAGUUUGUGCACAAGAAAUAAACAUAUGUAAUUGUUUUAAAUUAACAGUAAACCGAGGGCCAUGAUUUUAAGUCAAUAAAGGCCGCUGCAUGCCUAUUAAACUUCAACAAAA